UGCCUCAUUCUUUGGAGCCGUAAGUCCGGCUUGAGUCAUAACUGCUGGUGUGAGAAUUCACCGCUUACCUUUUGUCCAAUUGAAUCUCCUGUUCAUCAGGUUUAUUUGGAAGAGGAUGCCUACAGCCUCCCUGAUUUCCUAUUCCCUGGCGUUAUCCCUAUAUUAGAGCAGUCUUUCCGUUGCAUUCCAAUCAAUCGUGUGGCCAGUAAUGGCGAAGUGUUUAGUUAUCGCUGA